AUGACAGCCGUCUCACGUUCUCAACUGAAUCGAGAAAUGCAGAAUCUUUCUCCCAUUGCAUCAGAAGCUGAAUUCUUCCAACAAUUGUUACCGGAACAGACAGACAUGGCACGAUGCAAUAUAGUCAUUCUUGGUGAUUGUAUUAUUUUUGCCCGUAUUCCACAAAGUUAUAAAAUACCUUACUACCUUCUGUGUAAACAUAUCACAUUAGCCGAUCAUUCAACAGAUGUACGAUUUGCAGGUGAACUUUGGCAUGAUGAAAAUGCCAACUUUCAACUCAACAACAAUUCAGGCACCUAUCGGCCAUCGAAAAUACUGGUCGAAUCAGCUAUUGCGCUUUUCAAGCAUUUAUUUCCUUUCUUAGAAGUUCGAGGACUUUCAUGGGAAGAGAGUGCUCGCCCUCCUACUUUCGAUCGAUUUAAAUUUAAAUUAAAACAGAGAAUAACAUGUGAACUUUGGCAUGAUGAAAAUGCCAACUUUCAACUCAACAACAAUUCAGGCACCUAUCGGCCAUCGAAAAUACUGGUCGAAUCAGCUAUUGCACUUUUCAAGCAUUUAUUUCCUUUCUUAGAAGUUCGAGGACUUUCAUGGGAAGAGAGUGCUCGUCCUCCUACUUUCGAUCGAUUUAAAUUUAAAUUAAAACAGAGAAUAACAUGUUCGUAA